AUGUUGACCGACCUCGACACCAGUUCAGCGCAGGUGGACAUCGCAAGAGCCACCAACGUUAUGCGCAACUUCUACAACUACUUGCUGCACCACAACGUUUGCCCGGAGUUUGAGAGCCAGAUCCACGCCGCACGCAAGGUCUGCGAUCUUGCAGACGUGGAGCUCUUCAAUGUGGUGAUUGCCAACGAGAGGCUCCCAGGCCCUUUCAGCGGAGCAGUCUCAGCUACGCACGGUGGAACUGUUGCAGGCGUGUACAGCGGUGAGCAGCACUGGGAGAAUCCUGGCACCCCUGACCGUACUCUCCAGGAUUGCCGAGACAUUGUCGAGUUCGCCAUCUCUGCUUACGGAUCCCAACAGCAAUACGAGAAGGUCACCGACGUGGAGAUGUUCGAGACUGUCUACCAAGAACAGAUCAGUCUGGAAGUGACCAAGAUUGAGAUGGCCGACGAAGCGAUACGUGCGCUCUAUGAUGCAGCUAGGGAGAAGAAGCCGUUCCUCGCUGCCCUUGGCAAGCUCCAAUGUCGUCGCUGGACCUAUCCACUCGCACCCAGCUUCGAUCGUUCGGAUGAGGCACUCAGACGACAGCAAAGCGAGCACACCAUGACUCUGUGGGUGGAGGAGGAAAUUUUGCAGUACUGUACUGUGGGUAUGAAGAUCGAAGGUGAGGUGCGCGAGCUUGACAUCGGCAUCAAGUGGCUGGACAGCGUUCGUGCCAUCAGUCCUUCAUUCUUCGAAUGGCUCCCCAACGAGCUCUACGAGGAGGAGAAGGCUCUGAAGGCUGAGAGCGAAGCACAGCAGCGCAACAACCAGACAAACCUCGAACUGAACGAAACCGAUGAUGCCUCCGAGCCCGUUCACUCGCAGAUUGAGGAGACUGAAGGUAUCGUUGAAGAUAUCGGUCCUCAAGUCGAGGGCAUUUGA